CUCCACAUGUAACCAAAUACACUUUGUGGCUUUAUUUAAUACAGACAAAGUACAUUUAUCUGAUGGCUUCCCACAGUUUGUGGGGGAGGAGUGUGGUUGUCUUGGAGUUUGUUAUCUUGCUGGUGUGUACCAUUUGCCAAGUUUCCGAAACCAGACGAAGUGACAAUGCGAGCCUCUCUCUGACUAUCAACUCAAAGCUGGCCCUAUUUUCAGUUCAAAACACUACUCAAGGCAUCAGUAUAUCCAUCACUCCACUUUGUUCCAAUGCUCCCUGUUCAACUCCGGAGGCAAUCACUAUCGACAAUGUGUUCCUCCCUGCCGAAUGCUCUCUUGCUCCAUGUGAUUCACACAUGUUGUUCAAGAAGGAAGUGCUUAACGAGUCUUUUGUCCAGUAUUUGAUUGGAGUGCCAGCUAAUCAGUCGAUGGUCAUGCUAAGAUUUCUGUAUGAGACGACACUGCAAUUGUUUGAAAUGGUCGAGAAGGUUAUAGCAAAUCAAGGAAUUGCUGACUGCAGUCCUACAUCAGUUGUGCAGUUACACGAACAGUACUACACGCUGUGUGUUAAUGAAGUUGACAACAAUCUUCAAGUGCGUGCCAUUAACAGUCUAGGCAAUUUGAGUCAAGUGAGGUUCAACCCCAUAACGGACAUACCGAUGGCCCUCCCAAUAACUGCCAUUUCCGUUCUCGACUACUUUGAUAUUGUGAGACUCCUGCUUGCAAAUGGACCAAUAUUGACCAUAGUAAGCAUUGGAUUGCUUGAGAAAAGGUCACAUCCUAUUACCGAGUGUGUGGGGAUUAUACACCAAUUGAAGCUUCGCGAUAUUACUGACAUUUAUUCGACCAUACCAUACCUAGUCUAUUGUGAAACAAACUACAUUGUACUGGAUACUUGGAGCUCUGACGAUCCAAGUGUUAUAUCAUCCCAUUACUACAACGAGACUGGCUAUCCUGUGAUCUGUUCGAAUGAAAAUGGCUCUAUAGUUGCUGAAAUUGCUAUCAUUCAAUCUGAUUUUAACAGUACAAUCCACUACAGAGGCAAGGAAAUCAUUAUACCAGGGCAAGAAAUUGAUCUCGAAAAAAGCGUUUGUUUUGGUGUUGAAAAAAAACUGUUUUAUCUCUACUCUGAUUUUACACUAGGGGCGUUUCUUGUAAAUUUAGAAACUGGAAACUGGAUUGUUCUCUCUAGUUUAUCAGCUAUAUGCACCAAACCACAAGUGUUUGAUAAUCGCUAUGUUCUACUGGAAGAGGUGUUCAGUGGAAGCAAUGUGACUCUACGUUUGUUUGAUGUACUCGUACAAGAGUUUGUAUCAGUAGUCAACAUGGAUCAUGCUUCGAACUUUGUUCAGUUGUUACAGUUACCACAGCAAAAACCAGCAGAAAAAAAUCUCACUACGGUGCAUAACAUUUUCAUUGGAAUUGGUGCAUUUCUAUUCCUAUUGCUGGUUGUAGUAGUUCCAGCAGUCAUCAUCAUUGCAUCACGCCGUUGUCAGAGCAAUCAGCAACCUCCCUUCAGUGUACAGGCAGAUCCAUCCAGUGAGAUUCCAGGCUGCACGGAAGGAGAAAACGAUCUAGGUUUCGGAAUUGAUGAAGCUGAGGACGUCCCUCAAGAAGAAGGUAAUAGGGAAUCUGAUUCUGAAGAGCGUUCCCCUACAACUAUCAGCCAAGAAGCCGACCCGACCAAUGAUGUAUCUGAUAUAUCUUAUUUAGUACCAGGUAUGGACAAAACACCAGUUACAUACUCAUUAUUAGCUAGCUAGCUGCUAUUGUACAUUAAUUUUUUGGCUGCUAAUGAACUUUUUCCUCAUAUAUAUCUACUACCAUUAUUUUUGUAUUUUCGUUUGGCUAUAAAAUCCCACCUGUCCUAC